GGCCACAAAGAGAGGAAUUGAUUUCAUCCCUUAAAAAAACCAGAGGUGUGCAGGAAAGAUUGGGGAGAGAUACAAUGACCCUUAAUUAGAAAGGGCGCCUUCUUUCUAGGAGUUCACAGUUGGGGAGAGACGACUUUGCAUGCCCCAAGGUCCCUUAUUUCUUGUGUCACACCGGGAAAAAAACACAUCCUUGCAAGAUGGCUUAUAUGAAAGGUGAAAUUGGGUGGCAAAACCGGCCGUAGCAGCUCAAGAUUUGCGGCCGGAAGGUUUCUUUGAGUUUGCGAAUGGACGACGGAAACGCCGCCACUCCUCCCUCGUCCCCGACGGAGACGCCUCCCCCUCCGCCCGAGACUCCACCGCCCAAAGACGACUCGCCGCCGCCUUCUUCUCCCCCGCCUCCAUCGUGGACUCCUCCCCCGUGGUCGUCGUCCUCUCCCCCUCCGCCCACGCCUCCCGCGUCGUCUUCGCCCCCACCGCCGUCUUCUCCUCCUCCGACACCGCCGUCGACUCCUCCGCCUUCCGUGCAGCCUCCUCCUUCGCCGCCGGCACAGACGCCGCCUUCGCCUGAUGGGGAACAUUCUCCUCCUCCGGAUGUCUCGCCCUCUCCGCCGCCGCCGUCCACAAUUCCCCCGCCCGCACCAACAACCCCGGCAGCUCCCUUAACUCCUCCCAACGGAACGGGAAAUCCCCCUCCCUCGAUCAUAUUCUCUCCUCCUCCGCCGUUUUUGUCGCCUCCUUCGCCGUCAAACAACCCACCGGGCCGAUCGAAAAACUCUCCGCCGUCAAAUGAUUCUUCACCAUCAUCCAAUGCGGCAAUGGUUGACGGGGCCGCAGCGGGUGCCGGAGUAUUCAUUCUCGCAUUGGCCAUCAUUCUUUUCGUGUGUACAAGGAGGAAGAAGAAACAACAACACUACGUUGACUAUAUGCAUCCCACGCGUCCUUAUAGAGGCGGGGAGCACGUGGUUAGGGUUCCUCCACCACCGGGGGGGAUGGGACCCGGUUGGGGCCCGGUGAGCACGAGCGGCGAGUACACGGCGGGGUUCUCGGGACAACAUCACAACACUCCAGUGCCACCUCAUUCGCCAAACAUGGGGGGCAUGGGAGGGUACAACCAGAGCCAGUUCACGUACGAAGAGCUGGCUGCCGCGACGUCAGGGUUUUCUCAGGCGAAUCUGUUGGGACAAGGCGGUUUCGGCUACGUGCACAAGGGGGUGCUGCCCAACGGGAGAGCGGUGGCGGUGAAGAGCUUGAAGUCGGGGAGCGGGCAAGGUGAAAGAGAGUUCCACGCUGAAGUUGAGAUCAUAAGUAGGGUUCAUCACCGCCACCUGGUCUCCCUUGUUGGGUAUUGCAUUGCUCAAGGACAGAGAAUGUUGGUUUAUGAAUAUGUUCCUAAUAACACCUUGGAGUUCCACCUUCAUGGAAAAGGACAGCCGGUGAUGGAUUGGCCAACGAGGCUUAAAAUAGCAGUGGGAUCCGCGAAAGGAUUGAGUUAUUUGCACGAAGAUUGCCAUCCUCGGAUUAUACACCGCGACAUCAAAUCCGCAAACAUUUUACUUGAUAAUCAGUUUGAAGCGAUGGUUGCCGAUUUCGGGUUGGCGAAACUCUCCACAGACAAUAACACUCAUGUUUCAACUCGUGUCAUGGGAACAUUUGGGUAUUUGGCUCCGGAGUAUGCAUCAAGUGGGAAGCUAACAGAGAAGUCGGACGUGUUCUCAUUUGGCGUCAUGCUUUUGGAACUAAUCACCGGCCGGCGACCCCUCGAUCUUACCAACAACCUCAUGGAAGACAGCUUAGUUGAUUGGGCGAGGCCGCUCAUAGCGAAAGCAGCUGAGGAUGGCAACUACGAUGAAUUGGCCGAUCCGCGGCUGGAGGGAAACUAUAACUCUCACGAGAUGGGUCGGAUGGUCGCCUGCGCAGGCGCUUGCAUUCGACAUUCCGCCAAAAGGCGUCCUAAGAUGAGUCAGAUUGUGCGGGCUUGGGAAGGAGAUUUUUCGCUAGACGACUUGAACGACGGUGGUGUCGGGAGGGGGACGACGACGACGAGGAGGUCGAGCGAGACGGGGUUGUACGACACGCGGGCGUACAAUGCGGACAUGCUGAAGUUUAAGGAGAUGGUGAUGUCGAACCAGGAAAGCAGCGAGUACGGCGGCGGCCAUGCGUCCAACUCCACCACCAGUUUCGAUGAUUCCGGGGAACACUCCUCCGCUCCCCAACACAACAACUUCAACUAGUGCUAGUAUUUCAUACAAGUACAGCUUUACUACCACAA